AUGGAACAGGUGGAUGAACUUUUGCAUCGAUGCUCUACAUGUGGGGCAGUAGUAAGCAAAAGAGAAACGUCCACUCGGGGAAGUGAACUAUGUGUUACCCUGAAAUGUAAAAAUGGGCACACAAACAUUUGGAAAAGUCAACCCAUGCUGAAAGGGAUGGCUGCUGGAAACUUGUUACUGGCUUCACCAAUUUUACUAAGUGGAGCAACGUACACAAAAAUAGCAUCUUUAUCUGAAAUUUUGAACUGGAAAAUUUUUUGGGAAAAGACAUUUUACAACAUUCAAAACAUGUACUUAUUUCCUGUAAUUAAUAAGGCUUGGCAGGCAGAACAAAAUUCUGUUUUUGGUGAGCUUGAAAUUGAAGACCUGUGGCUGUCUGGAGAUUGUCGAUGUGACAGUCCCAGAAACUGUGCUAAAUAUGGGACGUACACCAUGAUCAAUCAACUCAGUGACAAGAUAGUUGACUUUCAAAUUGUUCAGGUUAGUGAGGUGACCAGCAGCAAUGCAAUGGAAAGGGAGGGGUUCAAAAGGUGUUUGGAGAAUAUUCAUGACAUAGGAGCCAACAUAAAAGUAGUCGCCACAGAUCGCCAUGUCAGUAUACAGUCUGACAUGAAAAAGAAUUUUCCACAUGUACAACACCAGUUCGAUGUUUGGCAUGUGGCAAAAACUAUCACCAAAAAACUCACAGAAAAGGCCUAGAGGAAAGAAUGUAGUGAACUUUUCCCCUGGAUCAAGUCAGUCUCUAACCAUCUUUGGUGGUUUGCAGACACUUUUGAGAAGGAUAAGAAUCUCUUACGUGAGAAGUGGAUCUCCAUUGUCCACCACUCAGCCAACAUCCACUCAUGGGACAGUGCUGACUUGUACCAUGAAUGCAUCCCUAGAGAGGAGGCAAGGAAACAGCGGUGGCUUCGUCCAGGCCCUUAAGGAGGUUGUUUUUGACAAAACCCUCCUUAAGGACAUCGAGCAAUUAACACUUAACUGCCACACUGGAACACUGGAAAUGUACCACAGUGUACAACUGAAGUACCUUUCCAAGCGGCAGCACUUCUCAUACAAGGGCAUGGUUGCUCGCACACAGUUAGCAGCCCUCAAUCACAAUGCUAAUACUGGGAGGCAGCAAGCUACUGUUUCAAAGGGCGAGAAUGAGGAGGAACUGAGGUACAAGGUCGUGUUCCCAAAGCAAACGAAGGAAUGGGUUGCAAAACCUAUCAUGGAGAAGACAAGAGAACACUUAAAACCCAUACUUGAUUCAAUAGUGGCAAGGAAGUUGAAAGAUGCUGCUGAUCGGAGCGCAACACUCACAGCACCUCACAUCCCAUGCAACAUUGCUACAAAACCUCGGCCUGCCAAAGCAGAUGUCAUUGCAAAGCACAUAUCAAGAUUUCCUGAUUCUAUAUAA